CGUCAAACCAUGGUGUGUUACGUCAUCACUGCGCGACUCAAUGUUGUAAACAUUUGGAGGCGCUGCAAGGCAAAGCUGAAAUAUAAUUAAGAAGAACUCAUGGAUAAUCUAGUGAAGGUGCAUGGAAGUGGCGGCUAUGACUCAGACUUCAGUGAUGAUGAUGAUGGACAAGGGGAGCCUUCACAAAGUCGUCUCAAAAGGAAACAUGAGGAGGAAAUAUUACAGAAGCCAUUCCAAAAUGAGAGGCACUCUCAGGUGGCUCACCGAAGUUUCCAUUCCAGUGAACUGGACAGAGAGGAAGCCAGGAACAGACGAGCCCACUUGAUGUCGUUGAAUGCCUUUGAGCGGCACAAGAAGUUUGUCAGUGACUACAUACUGUACUAUGGGGGGAAAAUGGUGGACUUCAAACGCUCUACGGCCAAAGACAAAACAGAUCUGGAUGUCGUGCGUGAGAAUCAUCGCUUCCUCUGGAGGGAUGAGGAUGAAGACGACAUGACAUGGGAAAAAGAACUGGCCAAGAAGUAUUAUGACAAGCUAUUUAAAGAAUACUGCAUAGCUGACCUCAGCAGAUACAAGGAAAACAAGUUUGGAUUUCGCUGGCGGAUUGAGGAUGAAGUCGUCUCCGGGAAAGGUCAGUUCCAGUGUGGAAACAAGCGUUGUGAGAUGAAGGAAGGCCUGAAGAGUUGGGAGGUGAAUUUCGCCUAUGUUGAACAAGGCGAGAAGAGGAACGCUUUGGUUAAACUAAGAGUGUGCCCCGAAUGCUCCUUCAAACUGAACUACCAUCACAAGAGGAAGGAGGUGAAAGUAAAAGCAAAAAAGAUAGGGCGUUCAGACAAAAACCGGGCUUCAUCAGAUAACAAGAAGAAAAGAAAGAGAUCAUCUUCACAUUCCAAGAAGCACAAACAUAAGAGAGGGCGAGAUCGGUCAGCCUCCUCCAGCAGCACAGAGGAGUUGCUGGACUCAGACAAAGAGGCUGACGCUGGGAACGAACCUGAGGGCCAAUCAGAGGCUGACCAUUGGCGUGGACCCGCACCGGCGGUGGAGGAGAAGUCGAGGGAGGAGGAGUUUGACGAGUAUUUCGAGGACAUGUUCCUUUGACUUAGUUGGCAGUUGCUCUGACUGUGGUGUAACUACACCCCCUCUGCACACUUUAAACAUGUUGGUAUUUAUGUAAGUGUACUGUUUUUGUUCCAUCACCUCUACAGAAAUAAACAGGGUGGUCACGCAA